AGCCUGUGGGCUGCCGGCUGCUGCAGGACCGGACCAUGUACUGGCGCAGCGCGGCGUUGGUCGGGGUGCGCCUUAUUCGGAGCCGGAGCUGCUGGACAGGCCGGCCCGGCGGGGCGGCGGGAGCUACGGGAGCGGCGGCCGCGGGGAUGGGGAGCAGUACGUCAUCAUCUUUGGGGAAGUCAACAUCUGCUCCAAUGAACCAGAUCCAGGAAACAAUUUCUGAUCAUUGCGUAGUGAUUUUCUCAAAAACAUCUUGUUCUUACUGUAAAAUGGCAAAAAAGCUUUUCCAUGACAUGAAUGUUAAUUACAAAGUGGUGGAAUUGGACAUGCUUGAAUAUGGAAGCCAAUUUCAAGAUGCUCUUUACAAAAUGACUGGUGCCAGAACUGUUCCAAGAAUAUUUGUCAAUGGAACUUUUAUUGGAGGUGCAACUGACACUCAUAGGCUUCACCAAGAAGGGAAAUUGCUUCCAUUAGUUCAUCAGUGUUAUUUAAAAAAAAGUAAGAGGAAAGAAUCUCAGUGACAUUCUUACUCAGAACUUUGGUAGUAAAUGUCAGUUAUUUGGAGCAAUAAUGCCUGAGACUGUCUUUUAAAUAAGGGUAUUUUAAAAAUAUUCUCUUCAUGAAAAAGAUGUAAAAAUAAUGAAUAAUAAAUUGCAGUGGAGACCUCAUC